GAACAAUCACUCAGAGCUGGAGAGGCAUAAAGUGGGUGAAUGCUUUGGACAAGCAACUCAGAAGGAGAGAGGAUCUGUUACAGUCAUGAUUUUGACAGAGGACAUAGAGAUGGACCUGUUUGCAGUUAUAGGCACGUUUGCUGUGCCAAUAGCAGUAAUUCCGCAAAACCAACAGGAGACAAUGGUAGGUAGCGCAGCCAUUGAGGCCGUUGAACAGGUACAAUCAACCUCUGAUCCUCUGUAUAAUUCAGUGUUAUAGGUCAACAUACUACUGAGUCUGACCAUGGUUAGGUUCAGUUACAUUUCAGUGUUUUUCUAUUUUCAUCCAGAUUAUGCUUACUGUGCAUGUUUCUCUCUCCCAUAGAGUAAACAACCUGAACACCCCCUAGUACCGCUCCCGCUGGAGGAAGAGGAUAUAGAACAACCUAAACAGCAGAGGGAGACUGUGACACCUGCAAAGAUUGAGAAAGAAUAUAUACCAAGGAUUACAAACAACUCCUUUGAGAGCAUUGAGAUUGAAAUGGAGGUGUUUCCACCCUCAGGCUUGACUGAAAGUGAUGUGGUGGAGAUCACACCAGAUGACCCCUCUGUCAUGUCCAGGGUAAGGACCCCGAUCAUUGUGUCAUUUAUUACCUUUAAUUUGCAUGCCUGCAAAUAAAUCAAAGGAAUGUACAAUUUUAUUUACAAUUAUUUUCUAUGUUUAUGUCUCGGCUGAUUUGUGAAUCACACACUCAAUUUAGAAAUCUAGAGUAUGAUACAUUUCAUUCAUUUUAUUCAGACACCAGAACCAGUUGUCCUAGUCUCACCAGAACCAAUCCGACCAAGCAAACUGAAAUGGAGGAGAAUCACACCAGGGAAGACUGGUUUGGUGGUUAAAGACGUGAUCUGCCUGCCACAAGGCCACUACCUGGCUCAGGAGGACAGGCACAGUGUCCCCAGAGGCCAGGAGAGGGACGAGCUCGCUGCCAUGGGCCUCAUCGCUAGGAUAACCAUAGACAACUCCUGGCUCCCUCAUGAAAUGGAGAGCCGCCUUGCCUCUCUGUUCAAGAGCCGCUUCUUCAGUGGACGCGAACAAAGAUUCACCUUCACAUACCUUCAGGUGAUUACAAUGGAGGAUCAAACACUUGGCAUUCUAACUCUGAUAUAGCACCACUAUUGAUUGUGGAACGCAACUACGCAAUGGUGCAUCUGUACGUUAAGUACUUUUGUCUCUGUGUCCCUACCUGCAUUCUGAUUUAAUAUGUAAACUGUGUUUUUCAGUGUCUGGAGGGCUCUCGUGUGCUGUUUGUUCCAGACACCCCACCACAGUUCUCCUGGAGUGGGGAACAGGUGUUGCAGAUAGCAGGGCAUGGCCCCCUUUAUAUUCUCAGUCACUAUGAUUUCAUGAGCUUUGAGGUAAAUGGAGAAUAAUUAAAAUAAUGAAUGUGAUUGAUAUUUUAUUAAAUGUAUUUGCUGUGCAAUCAUUGGAACAUUUAUAAAGUCUUUCUUUGUUUUUGUUAUUCCAUAGAUAGAAUGUGAGUGGCCAACAAACAGCGCACCAGUAAUUAACAGGUAUGUAAAUUACAUUCUAACUGGAUCUUUAUCAAUGUCAAUGCAAUUUAUUUUCAUGACUCAACGUGGCAUUAUUGUGUAUAAAUGAUCUCAAGCGAACUCAUAACAAACCACUUGACUGUUCACUUAACUAAUGCUCUAAUGCCCUCGAAUGUUUUUAAUUUAGUCACGAUUUCUUGGUGGAUGACAAUGAGGAUGAUGAUGAUGAUGAGGAGAGAAGUGUAGAGUCUCCCCUGCCUGUCACUGCGGAUGAGGAGGUAUGCUUGGUAUAACAUUUGGUAAAACAUGUAGAAUUCUGUAUCUUUACGAGAUAGUUUUUAUGUUUUAGGUCAUUUCAGACCUGGUCACCAUCCUCCGAACAUACAGAGAACAAAACUCAAUGCCUGACAUCCAAACACACAUGUAUGUGAGGCGUAGAGACAUCUUCAGAAGUGCGCUCAAGGUGAUGGGGAAGAAGUCAUUCUCCAUCAAGACAACUCCUCUCUUCCACUUCCUAGGAGAGGAAGUUGAUGACUAUGACGGCCCUCUGAGAGAGUUUUUCAGGUGAGUUCUUACUGCUCUCCCUUUUCAUUUACACUAUACAAUAUAUAUGGUUGCCCCCUUAAUAAUAGGAAAUUAUUUCGUUUUUCACUUUGACAUGCCCUAAUGCAAUCGUUUCCACUUUUCUAGACUCAUCAUGUUAGAGUUGCAGGAGAGCGGUAUCCUGGAGGGUCGCCCGGGGCAUCUGCUGUUUGCCUACGACCAGGCUGCCCUGGAGGAGAGGAGGUACUAUGCUGCAGGAGUCAUGGUGGCCUGGUCCCUGCUGCAUGGUGGUCCUGGACCAUGCUGCCUACACCAGUCCCUCUACCAGCUCAUGUGUGGCCAAAGCCCUCCCCUGGAAGACUUCAGCUGGAUGGACAUCUCUGAUGUGGAUGUACAGAUGAAACUGCAGCAGGUACAACACAAGACAUAAUCAAAUCACACCAACCUUUUCUUUCUUUUGGUGUACUCAAUCCCUGUUCCUAUUCUGGGUUUGUGAUUGAUUGUUUUUUAUAGGCCAAGAAUUGCACCAGCAUCCAGAGAUUGACUCCAAACCUGUGUGAGUGGAUUGCAGGCUGUGGAAUUCCUGAUAUUUACAGUGCUGAAAUCAAAGACAUGCCCUCCAUCUACACCUUGGUUUUAAGGCACUACAUUUAUCACAGGUAGGAGAUUAUCUUUUUUAUUGGUCAUACAUAUGUAGGAUCUUAAUUUGAUCACACUUUUGUUGCUGUGAAUUAUCCUGCACUGCAGGAAUACAUUCACUUAAAAUCCAUACUAACACACGGUUAUAUUAACAGUAUUGCACUUUCCAUGUAGCCUACUUUUUGCCAGCUGAUGGCCUAACCACCGAUCAAGCAACAUAAUGGACUAAACGUUCAAAUGUUGAUGCAGAAUCAUUCUGCUGUGCCAAUAUAGGUCAAAUGAAGAUCCUACAUCUGUAUGUUUUUUGAACACCUAUUCAACAUUUGGUCAUCUUGCUUUUCAUCUGCUCCUACGAUCAUGUGGGAUGCAACUAUAUGUUUGGUUGAUAUCACAACUUGCUUUAUUAAUUCUUUUUGCAGGGUGGCAAGCAUGAUCUCCCAGUUCACAGAGGGGCUGAACAGCUGUGGUGGCCUGUGGGAUAUCAUCAAGGCCCACUCUGCAGCCUUCAUGUCUGUCAUGACCAGGACAGAACACCCUCUCACCCUGGAACAGUUCAAAAGUCUGUUUGAGGUGUCAUGGAGUCCUCUGGAAUCAACCAUAGGCCUGAGACAAGCUGAGGAGACCACUGUCACCUCCUGGGAGAGAUUUCUCAUCAUGGUC